AUGAAGUGGGGACGUGAUAGCAGGGAGGAGGAGGAGGAGGAGGAGGAGGAGGAGAACGCCACGAUUGACCAGUUGCAAUCCGCUACCAGGCACUGUGUGCAACACCCGCCUCCUUCCAUCACUCGUCUGAUCGCUUUGCGAACGGUAAUGGGUGAAGGCGUACAGGAGCACGGCACUGUGGUGCGAGGCUCUUCUGACCGAUCAACUCGCAACCACACUUGCACUGCAGCAACAACUGAAUACCGUGGUGAGGGAGUUAUAAAUGUGGGAGAAGUGGUGUGCGCCGUCAUGCAGUGCGUUGGCGUUAUCAACGAAAGUGUUUGGUGCACAUCCUCUCGCCUCCACAGGACACUCUCACAUGGACAUGUAGAGGUGUGUGUGUGCAGAAAAGAGUCGCGCAUUCCUCAUCUCGUGAUUCGAAUGCUGUGCAAUCGAGCCGAGGCGAUUGCAUCAGUCCGUAGUUGCCUUCGUGAGCACUUGGAGGUAGCUGAACCUGCACACUGUUCCUCGCCUCUACGUCAAACUGCAAGGCAGACACGACUGGCGGUCAAUGACUUGACACACAUCUCCACUUCUCACACUGACAGCAAAAGCGGAGCAGCUGCUAUUCCCUUUCCCUCAUGA